AUGCUGAUCCUGGCAAAUACGCCUUUUGGAGAUGUUCCUGAAGCGGUAGAUGAGUUGCAUAAAUUCAUGGCUACUAGUAAAACGGAAACCACGACCGAACCAACUACGUCCACUGGAGGAGAAGAAGGCGAUGAGAGUGCAAANGAUGAGAGUGCAAAUCCAGAAGGUUCAAAUCAAGAAGGACAGCACUCAGAUGAGAAGGCGGGGUCAGACGAGUUCUACGACGACUCGAUAAGCUCACCACCGAGCCUGCUACUGAUUUUGGGACUGGGCGCUUUGGUCGUGCUAAUUAUCAUCGUCAUCAUUGCUCUUGUUCCAAUCAUGAUUAAAUAUCGCCAGAAGCGACGUAAGAGAUGGCUCGAAAAAACGUGGGAUCAACGCGUAAAGAAGGCAGGAGAGGAACUGGAAAGAGAAAAGAAAGAAAAAGAAGAGAAGGAAAGAAAAAGUAAAGGGGAAGGUUCACAUGAUUCGUCUACUCCGAAUCCUUCUGAUGGUGGAAGAGAUCCAUUUGAAGCAUUUGUAUCCAAAAUGGGACAUCUGGAUGAGAAAGGUGCAGGGCUUUAG